AUGCAAACACUUCAUCUUGAUGCUUUUAUAGUACCUGCCUACACGAUACAUUCUUCUGAAGUAAUUUCUCAUGAUAAUCUAGUGCGUAAUGGGAAAAUUACCUUAGCUGAACUUGCUUGCUGGGCAAGUCAUAUGCAAAUUUGGUCAGCGAUCUCUACUUCCGAAAGUAACGACAGUUGGUCACUCGUGCUCGAAGAUGAUAUUAAUCUCGAAAUAUUCACAUCAGAAGUACUUCAGUCGUUCCCUCGAGACCUAUGGAAUAAACCAGAUUUAAUCUAUCUCGGUUCUUGUUACAAUAUUCCUGGUUCAAUGAUCUAUGAGGGAGCGUACGGUUAUCGCAUACAUCAAGCACUUAAUCCAAGUUGUACACAUGCGUAUGGAAUCCAAUCACGUGCUGCUGCCAAACUCCUUCGUCUACUAUCUUCACCACGAAAAGCAGUUGAUGAUGAAAUUGUUCUUCUGUCAAAUAAUCAAACACUAUUGGUAUUCAGCAUCCAUCCGCCAUUAGCAUUACAAAGAUUGGUUACCACUUCAAAUCCGUCCGAUGUGAAUCCAGCAAAACUCUCGUGGCUGUUUCAAGCCAAAGCAUCGGUUAAUUACUUGCUACAAAAGUGGCGAGGCGUGGAAGUAGUGAGUAAAUUAAAAGACUCGGCAUUAGCCAGAGCCAACAUUAUUAAAGCUGCAGAAUGGAGAGAGAAGAAUGAACAUGGGAUUUGGAAGAAUGAAAAUAGGACUAAUUCUGCUUGUACUCGGUGUUAA